AUGACGAUGGACACCCCGCCCGCUUUCCAGGCAGUAAACACCAUCGACCUCGUCUCUAUCAAGGACAGCAAGAUCAUUAACGUCAGCGUCUACUCUGGGCGUGCUGAGAUCACCCGCUUGUUCAAAUUCAGCGUGAAGACAGGCCAGAACCAGCUGAAUAUCGUCGGGCUUCCGCGAGUUUUGGACAAGGAAUCGUUCCGCGUCGAGGGCAGAGGUGCAGCCACCAUCCACGAUGUCACUGUUGCCACCAUUGCUCCCCCACCCAUCCCCACGACAUCUCCGACUCUCAAAUCCUUGCUGUCUAAGAAGAAGCAGGACGAAAAGGCCCUUGCGCGUGUCCAGAAGUCCUUGAACUCUCUCGAGACGUACCUCACGUCGGUGAAAGCUGAGCACCUUGACGUCUCUAAGCUACAGGAGGUGGUCCGACAGUACGACACCACCGCCGGCCAGCUCGACGAAAAGGUCACGGAACUGGAAAAGCAGCUGAAGGAGACGGACGAGGCGAUCGCUGAAGAGAGAAAGAAGCUUGCAGGGCCGACUGGGAACGAGAAGCUGAACUUGAAGGCAACGAUUGGUGUCUUUGCAGACAUCGAAGGGGAGGUUAAGAUUGCGCUCAUUUACGCUGUCUCCUGUGCAACGUGGAGCGCCGGGUACGACAUUCGUGUCGACAUGCAGGCCCAGGACAAACCCAUCUCCCUCAUCUACAAAGCUUCCAUCACCCAGAGCACCGGCGAAGAUUGGGACGACGUCCCUCUGACUCUCGAGACCGCAACGCCCACGUUCGGUGUCGGUGUUCCCGCCCUCACACCCUGGACCUUAUCUGUGUAUCGUCCAGUGGUGCCGGUGAGAUCUGCCAUCCGCUCAAAAUCCGUCGGUAUGGCCAGGUCGAUGAUGGCCAUGGCGGUGAUGCCCCCGGGAGGCCCCCCGCCUGCUCAGCCGGUGGUUUGGGAGAGUGAGGAAUCCGACAUUCAGUACCGCGGAUUGCAGGUGUCCUCCAAGGGCAAUGUCAGUGCGACGUUCGGUGUUCCAGGGCUGAUCAGCAUUCCGAGCGACGGCGAGGGCCAUAAUGUGACCAUCGUGAAACUCACGUUGGAAGCUGACAUGAGCUGGGUGUGCGUGCCGAAGAAGGAUAGCAGAGUCCAUUUGAGGGCGAAGAUCAAGAAUGCGUCAGAGUAUACGCUUCUGGCGGGAACUGCCAGCGUAUACGUCGAUGGAAGUUUCAUUUCUAAAUCGGACGUGCCUCCAGUAAGCCCAGAUGAAAGCUUCGAUUGUCCCCUUGGAUUGGAUCCAUCAAUCAGAGUAACCUACCACCCCCGCAGCAAGAAGACGUCGCAAUCCGGGUUCUACAACAAGUCGACCGUGCAUACAUACACUCAGCGUAUCACCGUGCACAAUACAAAGUCAUCUGGAACUCCCGACACUCUAAAAAUUAAAGUUGUCGACCAAGUACCCGUCUCCGAGGACUCGACUAUCAACGUCAAGCUCGUUCAACCCGCUUUGGUCCUUCCUAGCCUGGACGUCAGCGGCACGGUCAGCAGUGUGGCAGGUCUCGGUGAGAAGGCGAAGCCUGUCAAAGUUUCCUCGGGGGUGGUCGCUGUGUGGGACGGCGCUGACGAAGGGGGCCUCAGUGGUGGACAAGGCCAGGAUGACUUGGAUGUGGAGUCACUCGGCAAAGAAGGACGCCUUUGUUGGAUUUGCUCAAUCGCACCUCAGGGAAAAGUUGGUCUUGCACUUCAGUGGGAAGUGUCCGCACCUUUGGGGACCAAUAUCAGCGGUCUGUAG